AUGGCCCGCAUCAACCUGCCGCCCUUGACCCGCGGCCUGCUCGGAUCGCUUGUCGUCUUCACGCUGCUCAACUUCGCCCUCCGACCUGCCUCGAGCUGGACCGACCGCGCUGCGAAGCCCGUCACCGCCGUGGGCAAUGGCGUGCCCUACCUCUCCAUCGUCCCCGGCGUCUCGGUCGUCUAUCCGUGGGUGUUCCUGCUUGCGACAACAGUAGAGCAGAACGUGCUGGGUCUGGUGACAACGGGCCUUACCGUCUUCUACGGGGGCCGGUACUUGGAGCGCGCAUGGGGCUCGACCGAGUUCGCCAAGUUCAUUCUCUUCGUGUCCAUGGUGCCGAACCUGCUGAGCUUUUUGCUCUAUGCUGUUGGCUAUGCUCUCUCCAGGAACGAGCGGACGCUCACUACCACAAUCUCGGGCGGUAUUGCCAUCCAGGCCGGCUUCCUCGUCUCCUUCAAGCAGCUUGUCCCUGAACACACCGUUGCGAUUGCAAAGGGCAUCAUACGUAUGCGUGUGAAACAUUUCCCCGCCAUAUUCCUCCUCGCCAACACCGUAUCCGGCAUAGCCCUCGGCACAGAGACGGCCAUGUUCCUGGCCUGGUUCGGCUUCCUGACCGCUUGGGUCUACCUUCGCUUCUACCGCAUCAGCCCGUCGCUGUCCUCUGCUGCCACCGGCGACGGGUCCGUGAUCAAAGGCGACGCCUCUGACACGUUUGCCUUUGCUCACUUCUUCCCCGAACCUGUACAGACACCCGUCGGCACGGUGGCAGAUCAGGUGUACAAUACCAUGGUGUCGCUGAAAGUAUGCACGCCCUUCUCCGCCGAAGACAUUGACGCAGGGAACGAGCAGGCAAGCGCGCGAGUAGAAGGCGGCUUGCCCAGCAUCAUGAACCCCAACAGCCGUGGCGGAAAAGGGGGCCAAACGCGCGCCGAAGCAGAACGGAGACGCGCAUUGGCUCUCAAGGCAUUAGACCAACGGCUACACGUUGCCACCAGUCGCCCUGCACCGGCCCCUGCUCAACCGGCGCCAGCUGUACUAAGCGUACCUGCACAGUCGAGUUCCGAGCCAGCGACAUAG